AUGGGUCUCACAGCAGUUUCCCCCAUCGAAUCUUUCGCCAAUGGUACGCCCAUGGAGAAGGUGCUUGAAGCACUGUAUCGAGAUGGCGCAGUACGCAUCAAGGGACUGCUCUCGCCAGCCGAAAUUGACGAGAUCAACGCCGAGAUCAAGCCAUAUUUCGACGCCGAUUUCAACUCGGGUCUGGACGUCUUCGCCAAACAGACGAAGACUGUGUGUGGUCUUGCAGGCAAAUCGCCAGCUGCAGUGCGACACAUCCUCCAACACCCCACGGUCAAAGCCGCCGUCAACGACGUGCUUACGGUAACCACCCAAUCCUGGUGGGGAGACGCGCGCAACUCCUGCACCAGCCCACCGCUCCUCUCGAGCUUUUUCACCGUCCGUGUUGGGCCGGGAAGUGCCAGGCAAGGCCUUCACCGCGACGAUCAAGACCACCACGCCACACACACGCACGGGGACCCGCGCGAGACCACCAAGCUGGGCUGCAUCGUCGCCACAUCCAAGACAACCCGAGCCAACGGCGCCACCGAAGUUGUCCCCGGCUCUCAUGUUUGGGACGACGAGCGCAAGCCCAAGAUAGAGGAAUGCACCUAUGCAGAGAUGGAUGCAGGCGACUGCGUGUUCAUCAUGGGCAACUGUUACCACGCUGCAGGAAGCAACACCACGACCGACGAGUUCCGCAGUGUCAUCGUAACCUUGUUCUGUAAGGGCGUCUGUCGUGCUGAGGAGAAUCAAUUCCUUGCCGUGUCCAAGGAACAGGUGGCAAAAUACGAUCAUGAUGUGCAGGAUCUUCUCGGUUGGAAGGCCAGCGCUCCUUUCUGCGGUUGGUCCGACUUUCGCAACCCCUAUGAUUUGAUCAGGGCGGAAGACACGACGCAACGCGAUCUUUUUUAG